AUGUCGGACCCGGCGCCCAAAGUUCCCGAUGAGAUGUUCCGAGAGGAGCAAAAGUACUACGCGGUGGGCGACAUCGACCCGCAGGUUAUCCAGCUUCUGAAAGCUGGGAAAGCGAAGGAAGUGUCCUACAACGCGCUAGCCUCACACAUAAUUUCAGAAGACGGGGACAAUCCUGAGGUUGGAGAAGCUCGGGAAGUCUUUGACUUACCUGUCGUUAAGCCGUCUUGGGUGAUAUUGUCCGUUCAGUGUGGAGCUCUUCUGCCAGUGAAUGGUUUUUCUCCAGAGUCGUGUCAGAUCUUUUUUGGAAUCACUGCCUGCCUCUCCCAGGUGUCGUCUGAAGACAGGAGCGCCCUGUGGGCUUUGCUCACUUUCUAUGGGGGGAACUGCCAGCUGCACCUCAACAAGAAAUGCACGCAUCUGGUGGUCCCCGAACCAAAGGGGGAGAAAUACGAAUGUGCUUUAAAGAGAGCAAGUAUUAAAAUUGUUACCCCCGACUGGGUCCUGGAUUGCAUAUCUGAAAAAACCAAAAAGGAUGAAGCGUUUUACCAUCCUCGCCUCAUUAUCUAUGAAGAGGAAGAAGAGGAAGAGGAGGAGGAGGAGGUAGAAAAUGAGGAGCAGGAUUCCCCCAACGAGGGGAGUACCGACGAGAAAUCGAGCCCUGCCAGUUCUCGAGAAGGGUCCCCUUCAGGUGCCCAGCAGUUCUCACCCAAGUCAAACACCGAAAAACCCAAAGGGGAGUUGAUGUUUGACGACUCUUCGGAUUCAUCGCCUGAGAAACAGGAGCGAAACUUAAACUGGACCCCAGCGGAAGUGCCACAGUUAGCCGCGGCCAAACGCAGACUGCCCCCGGGAAAGGAGCCGGGCCUGAUUAACUUAUGUGCCAGCGUGCCACCCGUUCCGGGCAGCGUCUUACCCCCCGACGUCCGGGGCAGCGUAAUGGCUUCGGGACAGAACCUGCAGAGUUCUGAAAGAUCAGAAAUGAUCGCUUCUUGGAGUCCGGCGGUGCGGACGCUGAGAAACAUUACGAAUAAUGCUGACAUUCAGCAGAUCGGCCGACCGCCAAAUGUGGCACACGUAAGUCACUCUGUGACGAGCGGGAACUUAACUCCUGGCUUUCCGCACCCGCACCAGCACCCGCACCAGCUGUUUGGACACGACCCGGCAGUGGAGAUUCCCGAAGAAGGGUUCCUCCUGGGCUGUGUGUUCGCGAUUGCGGAUUAUCCCGAGCAGAUGUCUGAUAAACAGCUCCUGGCCACCUGGAAGAGGAUAAUCCAGGCGCACGGCGGCACCGUGGACCCGACGUUCUCGAGCCGAUGCACACAUCUCCUCUGCGAGAGUCAGGUCAGCGGGAUGUACGCACAGGCGAUCAGGGAGAGGAAGAGAUGUGUCACAGCGCACUGGCUAAACACCGUCCUGAAGAAGAGGAAGAUGGUGCCGCCCCACCGUGCCCUUCACUUCCCGGUGGCUUUCCCCCCCGGAGGGAAGCCGUGUUCUCAGCACAUUAUUUCUGUGACUGGAUUUGUCGACAGUGACAGGGACGACCUGAAGCUCAUGGCUUACCUGGCAGGCGCCAAGUACACGGGCUACCUGUGCCGCAGCAACACGGUGCUCAUCUGUAAAGAGCCUGCCGGUUUGAAGUACGAAAAGGCCAAGGAGUGGAGAAUACCGUGCGUGAACGCCCAGUGGCUUGGCGACAUUCUCCUGGGGAACUUCGAAGCGCUGAGACAGGCCCACUGCGGCCGCUACACGACGUUCAGUCUGCAGGAGCCCUUUGCCCCUACCCCGCACUUGGUUUUCAGUCUCCUGGAUGCCUGGAGGGUCCCGCUGAAGGUGUCGGCAGAACUGCUGAUGGGUGUGAGGCUACCUCCCAAACUGAAGCAGAACGAAGUGACCAACGUCCAGCCUUCUUCCAAAAGAGCCAGAAUUGAAGAUCUACCCCCUCCCACCAAAAAGUUAACACCAGAAUUGACCCCUUUUGUGCUUUUCACUGGAUUUGAGCCUGUGCAAGUUCAGCAGUAUAUUAAGAAGCUCUACAUCCUUGGGGGCGAGGUCGCCGAGUCUGCGCAGAAAUGCACGCACCUCAUCGCCAGCAAAGUGACGCGCACGGUGAAGUUCCUGACGGCCAUCUCCGUGGUGAAGCAUAUCGUGACGCCGGACUGGCUGGAAGAGUGUUUCAAGUGUCAGACGUUUAUCGAUGAGCAGAACUACCUCCUCCGAGACGCUGAGGCCGAAGUGCUGUUCUCUUUCAGUCUGGAAGAGUCCUUGAAGAGGGCACACGCUUCUCCACUCUUCAAGGCAAAAUAUUUUUACAUCACGCCUGGAAUCUGCCCAAGCCUGUCAACCAUGAAGGCGAUCGUGGAAUGUGCAGGGGGACGAGUAUUGUCUAAACAGCCGUCUUUCCGGAAACUUGUGGAGCACAAGCAAAAUAAGAGCUUAUCAGAGAUCAUCUUAAUAUCCUGCGAGAACGACCUGCACUUAUGUCGGGAGUAUUUCGCACGGGGCAUAGACGUCCAUAACGCAGAGUUCGUGCUCACCGGGGUGCUCACGCAGACACUGGACUAUGAAUCAUAUCCUUUUUCUGAAGGCGGCUCGGUGCAGGGCCCCCCUCCCCACUAG